GGGCAGAUAUCUCACGCACACCAAGGUAGGGCCUCCGGCGUAAAGUUUCCUCGCAAUUUUUCUUCCAGAAUUGCGUAAAAAACGCACGCGAAAGUGCAAAAGUAGCGGAAAAAUACGACGGAGUGCAUAGUGAGUGCCAUUGAGUUGGUGGUUUCCGGUAGAUGCGGAGAUUUCCUGUGAAUAUUCACUUUUUUGUGCGGCAAUCCUCGGCGGCGACAUCAAACAAAACAUCCUCCAGGCUUGCGCAAAGUUGGUAAACAAUGGCGUGGCGUUUCAAGGCAUCCAAGUACAAGAAUGCCGCCCCAAUUGUCCCCAAACCCGAAGCCACCAUCCGGGAUAUUAUUGUUGGCUCCUACCAGAACUAUGGCAGCAACAUUGCCGCCUCGGCUGCUUUUAUGGCCUUCAAUUGGGAGCACACAGGUACGAGCCUAGCAGUGUUGCCCAUUGAUGAUUGCGGUAGGAAAAGCAAGACAAUGCCACUGCUGCACGCGCACUCGGACACGGUGACGGAUCUCGAAUUUUCACCAUUUCACGAUGGUAUCCUGGCCACAGGAUCGCAAGAUUGUCUCGUGAAGAUUUGGCACAUUCCCCCGAAAGGACUCACGACAUCCAUUACCAAUCCCGAAUGCACCUUCUCGCACAAACAGCGACGAAUUGAGCGUGUUGGCUUCCAUCCAACGGCUGAUUGUCUCUUGCAUUCAACCUCAGCGGGAACCAUUAAUCUCUGGGACAUCACGGUCCAGGAAGAGGCUUUCUCCAACAAUGAGCACCCCGAAGUGAUCCAAUCAGUGAGUUGGAAGAAAGACGGUACAACCCUCGCAACAACGUGCAAAGAUAAAAUGAUUCGCAUUGUUGACCCUCGGGCCAACAAUCCCAUCACAAUGGCUGCUGACAGUCAUCAGAGCAUCAAGGAUUCACGAGUUGUAUGGCUUGGGGAGCAAAAUCGCAUCCUUACAACAGGAUUCGAUGCUCAACGCCUCCGCCAAGUCAUAAUUCGGGACGUGAGAAAUUUCUCAUGCCCAGAAAAGACUCUGGAGUUGGACUGUUCAACGGGAAUCUUGAUGCCGCUCUUUGAUUCAGACACAAACAUGCUCUUCUUGGCUGGCAAAGGAGACUCUACGAUCUCAUACCUGGAAGUUACGGAGAAGGAGCCGCACCUAAUUGAGGGACUCAGGCACACGGGAGAACAAACAAAGGGAGCAUGUUUAGUGCCUAAAAGAGCACUGAGAGUGAUGGAGGGUGAAGUUAAUAGGAUUCUUCAGCUCACCUCCAACUCUGUCAUUCCUAUCAUGUAUCAGGUGCCAAGGAAGACCUACCGGGACUUCCAUAGCGAUCUAUAUCCCGAUACCUGUGGCUUUAAGACGGAUCUAAGUGCAGCGCAGUGGCUUAAGGGAACCAAUAUGCCUGUACCCAAGAUGAGCCUAGAUCCAGCUAAGAGGGAACUAGGAGUUCAACCAAUCGUGGUCCAUCGGGGAAAUCUGAUGGAAAUGAUUGAGAAUGUAAGCAACAAGACUCGAUGUGCAGCAACAGAAGAACCAAAGAAACUCAAGGAAACCCCCAUGAUAAAGACUGCGUACAUUCCGAUUAAGGAUAAAAUUAAGCACAUGGAGGAAUACAAUAAGACCCCCAUUGCAGCUGAAAAAUGCGACUCUGGGGAACUUAAGAAUGAUGAGAAUGGGAAAGAACCAGAGCCGGAUAUUGUUGUGGAUCUCAAAAAAUGCACCGAAUCCAAUGGUGAAGCGGAACACAGCGAUGAUGAUCACGUUGAUAGAGUUACAGAGAUUUCUAGGCAGGCCAUCAUUCCACCGACUCCACUUCCACGAACUUCCCGCACAAAUUCAGUCAGCGAUUACUCGUCUGAGGAUUCCAGCAGCGGAGGAUCCGCCAGUUGUCCACCGCGACCGAGUCCAAGACCUAGGAUUACCGCUGUAACCGUUGGAGGAGGAUACAAGCCUCGUCUUGGACCGAAGCCCUUUGUUGGUUGUACAUCAUCGCAGGAAUUCUCAUUUGAUAAGGUCUUCUCGGUUCCACAAGUUCCUGGAACAGAGCAACCGUCUGCAAAUGGACCGAAUGCUGAUCACGAGAAGACUGAUCAAGAGAAGGUAGAUCAGGAGAAGACAGUUGAGGAGCAGGACUCUCCAGCAUCUAACACAGAUCAAGAGAAGAUGGAUGAUAACUCAGAUGAGAAGACAGAUGCAUCUCCUGAAUUGGAGAGUACAGAGUGUGAUCCACCUGUAGAAGCUUCUGAAGUUGAUAUUCCCGAAGCAAAGGAACCUGAAGUCCCUGAGAUUAGAGGAUCAGAAGCUAAAAAGUCUGAAGAAUCUGAAGAAGACCGUUCCGAAGGAGCAACAUCAAUUGCAGAACGGCGUAAAUUGUACGAACAUCGCUCUCUUAGUAUUCAGGAUGAGAAGGCUGCCUCACCGACUCCUCUUCGUCGUCGUAAUUCCCUGAAGCAGUGGAAUGGAAAGGAGGAUGAUCAUCAACAGACAACUGCUGUAGAUGUGGACAGCGCGUCAAAUGCAAAGACAGGAAAAAGAACUUCAACUGUCUUUGGACGUGUUUCAAAGUAUCGGCAUUUGAAGGGAACUCCUGGCCAUAAAUCGACCAGCAUUGAGAAUGUCAGGAAUAUAUCCAGACAGCUGCCUGGAGAGUGCGAUGGAUUCCAUGGGAAUGCUCAGCGUAUUGCAGUCCCGCUGGCGGGAGCAGGUGGAAAGAUUGCCAUCUACGAACUUAGCAAGUGUGGACGUCUACCAGAUGGUGUGAUCCCUUCGCUGGUUAAUGGGGCAAAUAUAAUGGACUUCCAGUGGGAUCCUUUCAAUUCCAGACGCCUGGCUGUGGCAUGCGAUGAUGGGAUUGUACGGCUGUGGAUUGUUCCAGUUGAUGGGCUUACAGAACCCAUCAAUACACCCCAAUCUGAGCUAGUGGCGCACUCUGACAAAAUCUACUUCAUCAAAUUUCAUCCCUGUGCCAGUGAUGUUUUCCUCACAGCCAGCUACGACAUGACGGUGAAGCUGUGGGAUCUUAGCGAGAUGAAGGAGUGUAUUGUGCUUCAGGGGCAUACAGAUCAGAUCUUCAGCUUCGCAUGGAGCCCCUGUGGUGUCUUUGGGGCAACUGUGUGUCGCGAUGGUCGGCUCAGGGUGUACAAUCCACGAAAAUCCCCAGAACCCAUUGCUGAAGGUCCUGGUCCGGUGGGAACGCGUGGAGCACGUGUCGUGUGGGCUCUCGAUGGGGAAUUUAUCGUUGUGACGGGCUUCGAUAAAGUCUCCGAGCGUCAGAUCUCAAUCUACCAGAAGGAUAAUCUGGGUGUGCCAUUGAAUACAAUUGGAAUUGAUGUGUCUCCCGCAAUUCUCGUGCCCUUCUACGAUGAGGACAGUUCAACGCUCUUUGUUACGGGCAAGGGGGAUUCGACGGUGUUUGGAUUUGAGAUCACCGACGAGGCACCCCAUAUCUGCCCACUGUCGCACCAUCGUAGCGGCUCUGUGCAUCAGGGAUUGAGCUUCCUGUCGAAGGAUCAGUGCAAUGUGGCCAUUGUGGAGUUUGCCAAGGCACUCAGGCUCACCAAUAACACUGUCGAAUGGCUCAGCUUCACUGUUCCGCGCAUUAAGAGUGAGCUCUUCCAGGAUGAUCUGUUUCCGCCAACACGGGUCACAUGGGCUCCCAGCUUGUGUGCCAAGGAGUGGUUCAGUGGGAAGGACAAAGCCCCAGCAAGGAUCAGUCUUCAGCCAGAAGGGAUGGCAUGUUUGUCUUCAAGUAAACUCCCAACUGGGAAGCCUGGAAAGGACGCCAAUCCAGCACCAUCAGAUGCAAUUCCUCCACCCCAUCCGGGUGCAAGCAUGAUGUUCCGCAGCGAUGUGACAAAGCAACGUGAGAAGGACAUUCAGAAAAGUUUGAGCGCCAGGAUGGAGCCAAAUCUAUCGAAGAUUGAAUACGACACGGAGAAUGGGGUUGACGAAGAUGAGUGGGAGGGUUGAAUUGCUUCAACUACCCUCUCUCAGAUUUUAGCCAUUUUUCCGCAAUUUCUAUACACCGCAUUUUAUCGCGAUUUGGAGGACAUAUCGAGUAAUUUGUAGCCAAUUUCUACGCAACAAAUUUAUACUCAUAAAUAUUCCAAGUUUAGUACGUAAAUAAUGGGCUGACAAAGUAUCUCUAUUCCAUUUUAUUAAAACAAAAAAGUCCCUUCUCCAAAUGACAUUUUUUUCGCUUAAAAAAAUUGUGUGUUGUGAUAUUUUUAAUUUUUUUUUUUAUUUAAGACCGUCGUAGUAUUUGAUUUAUUUUACACAGAAGGUGAAGACAAAUCCAAACUAGUCGGUUCUAAUUAAUCUUCCAUUUUAUUGACAAGAAAAAAUGAAUUCUUCUGAAAAAAAAACCUCUUAAAACUAUUGCUCCCUAUUUACUCGCUGUAGAACAAUUUUUGAUAAGAAAAUGUAAUAUUAACAAGAAAAAAACAAUAUGGAGUUCAAGGAAAAAUUAUAUAUAAAAUAUUUGUGUAAGCUAGCGACAUUUUUCGGAUAAAACUUUUAUACAAUUUAUAUAAACAUUUAUAAUGACAAAAAAAGUAUUUGAAAACCAUUUUAUACAAUGCUGAGAAUUUUUCAUAAGAAAAAAUAUUCAAAAUGACGGAAUUGUAGCAAAAAUAAUCACAUUAAUCGAAUGCAGAGGCAUUAAUCGCAAUUUAUAAAACAUUUUUAUGGAAAUAAAAGUGAUGUGCAUGCUCAUAAAA